CAAAACCCAGACCCCCGGGUCCGGGCCAAUGGAGGCGAUUUAGACUGGAGCGGGACCGCGUCUGUCAAAGCCCUCGGCGGCUGCAGCGGCGGAGUCCAGAAGGAGAGCUGGAGGCCAGGCGCUGCCUCCCGCCCCCGCCGGGAUUUAUUGAGUAUUUGGACUGGACAAUUAAGUGGCCCUGAUGAUGUUACCAAGCCCGGUCACCUCCACCCCUUUCUCAGUCAAAGACAUUUUGAAUCUGGAGCAGCAGCAGCAACAGCACUUCCACGGCGCGCACUUGCAGGCGGACUUGGAGCACCACUUCCACGCGGCGCCCUGCAUGCUGGCCGCCGCCGAGGGCACGCAAUUUUCUGACCGAGGGGAGGAGGAAGAGGAGGAACAGGGAGAGAAAUUGUCCUAUUUGGACUCACUAGCUGCAGCCGAUGACCACGGGGACUCGGGACUCUGUCCCCAGAGCUAUGUUAACACGGUCCUGCGAGACUCCUGCAGUGGGCCCAAGGAACAUGAGGAGGACCCCGAGGUCGUGAGGGACCGGAGCCAAAAAAGCUGUCAGCUGAAGAAGCCUCUGGAGGUGGCGGGAGACUGUAAGGCGGCCGAGGAGAGCGAGAAGCCGAAGCCGCGCAGUCGCCGGAAGCCCCGGGUCCUCUUCUCCCAAGCCCAGGUCUUCGAGCUGGAGCGCAGGUUCAAGCAGCAGCGGUACCUGUCGGCGCCCGAGCGCGAGCACCUCGCCAGCAGCCUGAAGCUCACGUCCACGCAGGUGAAGAUCUGGUUCCAGAAUCGCAGGUACAAGUGCAAGAGACAGCGGCAGGACAAGUCCCUGGAGCUGGGCGCACACGCGCCCCCGCCCCCGCCGCGCCGCGUGGCCGUGCCGGUGCUGGUGCGGGACGGCAAGCCGUGCGUCGCGCCGGGCGCGCAGCCCUACGGGGCGCCCUACAGCGUGGGCGCGGGCGCCUACUCCUACAACAGCUUCCCGGCCUACGGCUACGGGAACUCGGCCGCGGCCGCCGCGGCUGCGGCCGCCGCUGCUGCAGCCGCCGCGGCCUACAGCGGCAGCUACGGCUGCGCGUACCCGGCGGCCAGCGCCGGCGGCGGCAGCAGCGGGGCCUCGGCGGCGGCAGCAGCCAUGCAGCCGGCCUGCAGCGCGGCCGGAGGUGGCCCCUUUAUGAACGUGAGCAACCUGGGCGGCUUCGGCGGGGGUGGCGGGGCGCAGCCGUUGCACCAGGGUGCCUCGGCCGGGGCCGCGUGCGCGCAGGGCACCUUGCAGGGCAUUCGGGCCUGGUAG